AGUUCUUGUUGAUAUGACAAACCCGGUGCGUGGUUGGAUGAAGGAUGGUCUAGACAAAGACAUUGACAGAAACUUCACAUCCAAGACCGCAAGUGUACUGGUUAACUGGGGUGGAUUUGAAGACCCAGAGUCUGGUAUCGAUGACUAUUCAUUAGCUGUAUAUAGAAGAAGACUAUCUGGUGGUACGGAUGAGAUGAGCAUUAUACAUCAACCGGAAUCAGUUGGAGGCACGGUUAAUUCAAUAAACUGGCACCAUUUCCACCAUCACCAUGGUGACUUCUUAUACGUUGAGAUGCAAACAACAAACGGGGCAGGAUCAACCAUUACAACAACCUCAUCAGGAGUUACAGUAGAUUUAACAGCUCCAGAGGUGCAAUACCUUGGUGACGGCGUCGAACCUGAAACAAAUGCUCAAUUCUCC